CAUAAAGUAUGCAAUGUCAUUUAGUAGCAAUUUACUCGCGUGAAAUAUUGCGUACGUACGCGAGAAAACUAAAUUCCAUUUCUUUGCUCGUCCUUUUCUCUAAUAAAUAAUAAAUAUUUGUGAUCGUAAUAUAUACAAGAAAAUUAUCUUACAGUGAAGAAGUUUUGAAAAGGCUAAUGGCUUUUUCAGAAAUCCCCAUUAAGACCCAGAAUGGAAACUCUUUUCGAUGGCCUGUAGAUUUUUACCAGGAAAAUACAACCGAUGAUUAUAAAUUGCUAUAAGGGAAAUAGAGCAACAUGGAAACAGGGAAAAGAUGCUUCUACAAUUGCCCAUGCCUUUGCUGUCGCCAGGGAUGCUGCGUCAUUGUUGUAGGCUGCUGUUGCUGCUGCAUCAACAUCCACUGCUGCAACAAAUGCAGCUCGAGGACUAGCUACUCUCCACCGCCACUAGCACGGAAAAAAGCUUGUGGUACUGGUGGUUUGGUCGUAUCCGUUGUAGUGAGUACAAUUAUUGCGCUCGCACGUUGGACAACGGCCAUAGCAACUCUUAUAUCAAGCUGCAUGCUACUAGAGCUCUGUGGAGGUGGGAGCUGUACCAACAACAAGCCCGUUCCCGUUCCUACUGCAGCCAGUGCCAGUGUCAGCAGCAAUUCGGAUGCCAAGCUUAAGUCGCUUUAUGGCCAUAGUUUAUACGAUAUCACCAAUGAUCAGCAACUGAAAUCGAAGAACCUCUGCAAAAUGUUUUGCAACAGUCGCAAUCGCAAGCGACAGCGGAGAAGAAGAAGACGACGCAGGCGUAGACGACGUAGGCACAGCCAUAAUGGCAGCCGAACGGAUAGCAACAAACAGCAGCAACAACAGCAACAGCAGCACCAAACGCAACAGCAGGAAAGCAUAUUUCGACAAAGACUUAGUCAUAGCCUUCGCGCUGACACAUGCGCUUCCAUAGAUGCAUUCGAAGCGAUUAACGCAACUGUACCAAAAGCGAAUCGGCUACGAAGCACGCCAACAAGAAAUGUUCGAUUAUCCUCUUUAAAAGCUAUCAUAUCGUCGUGGCCGUCGGGGAAUAGCAGCCCAAUACGUCACUGUUCGAAGAUUAAACGUAAUCGAGCCAAUCUCAUCUGGCUGCUCAUUGGACUUGUUUGGUUUGAGGUGAAACUAAUUAACUGCAAUGCCAUCGGAAGCAGCAGUAGCUAUGGCUCCAAUUAUGUGAAUCAUAAGGGAUGUACCAUAUGUCAUGAGGAAGGCAAAGCCAAUUUCUACAGCGAUAAAGAUAAUCCACACACAGACUACAACAACUACAACAAGUACAAUAACAACAAUUAUUUCUACAAAAAAACUAAUCGACCCCAUAAUAAUAUUGCACCGAGCGACAGAGUUCGCUUAGAGUCAAUUAAACGGCAAAUUUUGACGAAGCUUGGCCUUACCCAUAAGCCAAACGUAUCUCAUCCUUUACCCAAGCAAUUUAUUUGGGAAACAAUAUAUCGGGCAGACGGUGGAAGGAUGGCUUCUAACGAUGCAUUUGACAGCAGUAGUAGCGAUUUCGAUCAGCGUUCGCGAUUGCGGGAACUAUCCCCAUCCGAAAUACAUAGGUUCAAUGAACGAGACGGGACAGUUUUCGCUACUAGUGAUCCAGAUCCUCAUCAGGAUCGAUAUCGCUCUCCGGUUGCAUAUACUUUUAACGUCAGUAGAAGCCAUAUAUAUGAAAAAUUCAUGAGAGAUCGAACAGCGAUCCGAGCAAGGCAAAAGAAUCACGAAGACGAUGUGCAAAGUAUAACCUUAAAGAAUUGGCCAGAUAUACGCCAGAUUAAAAUUAACUCUCGCAGUGGGUCUACACACCAGCCCAAGAAUAUCCAUACCACUGCCUCUAAGCCCCAGAGAAAUGGUCAUGGCAGUGACAGCAGGAAUAGCAAUGGCAUCGGUGACAGAAAAGGCAAUUCGAAUGCGUUCAGCAAAUCUACAUAUCUGAUAGAUAUAAAUCGUAGUAGUGAUAGUAGGGCCAAUAUUGGCAUUAACGGCGGGAUCAAACCAAAUGAUCAUGUUUAUUUUAACGAUUACAGUGUUCAGGUCCAUGACAAAAGCCAGUACGAGCCGCUACAUGGAAGCAGCACCAGAAACGGACAACAUCCAAUGAACAUAGACUUUUUCAGCGGUAUUGAACAGGAUGAGAAACCAAAGCGGAACGACGACUCGGUUAUGUCAGACCAGGAAAACUUUGAUCGUGAAGACUUCUUUGGGAACACUCAGGAAAUAAUUACGUUUGCUGAAGAAGGAACACAAUAUAGACAAUAUCGAAUAUUGGAAUUUGCUCCACAAAAAGAGCGUGUUCCUAGCCAAAAACUAUACAUACGCAGCGCCCAGAUACACAUACGCAUCGAUAAACCACCCAGUUACUGGGAUGCAAAACCCGACGCAGAUUUUCAGGUUGAACAUUUGGCAAACGGUAAACGGAAGUGGCAAUCCAAGGGCUCACGCCAUAGAAUUAAAAUCUGGGUAUUUCAACUGACAGGAGGAAUUAAUAUUACUGAGAAGGGAAUCGACCAGGCGUUCCUGUUCCGUGCAUCCUUUAAUGUAGACACCAAGCACCUGGGAUGGCAGAAAUUCGAUCUGACUGAAACAAUCCGCAAAUGGUAUAGCCAAAACAGUGAAGAAAAUCUACGACUGUUGAUUGACUGUACCGGGUGCGGUCGCCUCUACUCACUUCAAUUAUUUCGGAUUUCCAUGCCAAGUUCUAACUCAAAAAUUGAUAAUUCAGCCCAUAUAAAUCCUAAUCCAAAUCGACCAUUUCUCGUGCUUCAUACUGAAUCCACAAGGAACCGACGUGUAAGGAGACGUGCCGUGGAUUGUGGGGGUGCUUUAAGUGGACAAUGCUGCAAAGAGUCAUUCUAUGUAUCCUUUAAGGCCCUGGGCUGGGAUGACUGGAUUAUAGCGCCCAGAGGAUACUUUGCAAAUUAUUGCAGAGGUGAUUGUACGGGACCUUUUAGGACACCCGAUACCUUUCAAACAUUUCAUGCCCAUUUUAUAGAAGAGUAUCGAAAAAUGGGGUUACUAAAUGGUAUGCGACCAUGUUGCGCCCCAGUUAAGUUCUCCAGCAUGUCUUUAAUAUAUUAUGGAGAUGACGGUAUCAUCAAACGUGAUUUACCGAAAAUGGUUGUUGAUGAAUGUGGAUGCCCAUAACAUAGCUUUUCAAUGAUAUCUGCCUUUAAUUACUCGAUUUUCCGUCCGGUGAAUUUAGGAGCUUUCUGCCGUAUUUUAUGGCAAAUAAUAAAACUAUGUGUGCUCCUACAUUAUAUUCUUAAAUAAGAAAAAACUUAUUGUUAUUCGAAUAGAUUAGACUCAAUUGAAUUUUAUUAUAAGUUAGAGUAAUGAUGACAAUAUACUUAUAUAUGUAUAUAUAUUUAAUAUCUUAUUCGAAAUUACAAAAGUGCCUAAAUUAGCAACAAAUAUAAUACCUAAAAGUGCAUGCAAAUUUAUAUUCAAAGAAUUGAUAUUCAAAGUUGGUGAAAACGCUCUCUUGGCACUAAGAAAUUUACUCUUGCCUGAUAUCUAUAACACAUUGGAGUCUUAAUAGAAUAUUGAAAACAGAUAAUAUUAAAAAGCAUACACAAUUAAAUUAACAUAAACAAAUACCCCGAUUUUUUCUUGACAGCGUCUACAUAUUGUAAAUAAAUAUUUUCGCAUGUUGCGCAUAGAGAAUUUUCCUAUUAGCUCUCAGAAAAUAUAUACAUGAAUCUAAAAAAAAAUCAUAAAGACACUUAUAAUAUGUUUAUACCCAUAUAGUAAUAGGAGUGUAAGUUUUGACUAUUUAUUUGCUACAUCCGAUAGCUGUUCUCGUCAUUUUAUGUCUGUCUGUCCGCCGUUUUAUAUGGAAUGGACUAGCUUGUCUCUCAGUGUUUCAGUUUAAUCUAAAGGCAGUUUAAAGAUAUUUUUUCCGCCCGCGUAUACUUGUCGGAAGCACCAAGUUCGGAUCACUGUGUAACUAAAUUACCGAACGAAAUGUUUUCAUGCGGGCUUAAGCCAUAAUAACAAAAUACUUAUAUUUGAUAUUAGAAAUUGGGGAUAUUAUAAGCAGCUUAUAGGUUAUUUUGUCAUUUGUCUGCUGGUAACGUAAAAUUAGAAAUGGUUUUACUUAACGGCUACCGUUAAAGAUGUAUGCUGUUGUAUGUGAGACCAUAGCGAAGCAGCGAUAACAAAUGCAGUUCUUAAAAACUAAUUAAUAUUCUUUGUGAUUAACAUCAAUUACACUUACGCGUAUUUAUGGACUUAUAAUUCUAAUUCUUUGAUCUUUUUUAAAACUUUGUAACGAUUUAAAAAAAAGUAAUAUAAAAUAUAACUAACUAUCUAUGAGUCUGCGUUAGAUGAAUUCAUGUAUCUUAGAAUUCUAGAUCCCUCAGUUCAAUUAUCUAGACUUCGAGUCUUGGAAGGCUCUUUGAGGCAAAUCAAUCUCUCGAACAAAAGGGAAUAAGAUAAAUAGAAUAUAUGAUUCAAUGAGUUUCAAUCGAUUUUGACAAUGAAUAAAAUAAGCUGUGAAUUUAA